AUAUAAAUAAAUCGGCAUGUAGCAAUUAGCGUAACUGUACAAUCAAUAUUCGCCUAGGAAGGUGGUAAUGAAUGAAAGUAAUAUUUUCAUUUAUUACGCGAAAUAUAAAGACAUAAUUGUAUGCAAUAAGUAAAUACAUGUAAAUUUGAUCACGUCAUGCUACUGUUACUUAGUAUAUUUUCAUUUGCGCUAGCUUAUGUAAAAUUAUUAUCAUCAUAUCUAUUUGUCUCGGAAUCUACCCAAACUGAUAAUGUACCUACCAUAAAUAACUAACUUAAUGGAUGCAUAUGUAGUAUAACUAUAUGCUAAUAUUUAAUUAAUAAAUCCUAUUCUGACAAGAAAUACCCUUCGUUGAGACAUGUGAUUGCGUUCAGUCUGACUACUGUAGUCACAAUGGGCACUGCUGAAGAAGUGCCCCUAAAAGAGAUAAAGAAUGAUAAGAAUAAAGAGAAGAAGAAAACGUUUAAAGAAAAAAUACAACACAUUAAAGAAAAUGUAACUUUAGAACCUGUAUUAGCUUGUUAUGUGAUCCCCGGAGUUCUAGCCAGAUUGGCAACACAAAAUCUGAACUUAGACAAAGCGUGCAGAGUAAAUUUGCAGUACGGAGACAAAAUCUGUGAUGCUCUAAUAGCAAGAGAAGGUGAUUACAAAAAUGAAGAAUUGGCCGUCCAAGAAAUCAUAGCAGCAAUGGAGAGCUGGAAAAAUGUUUUGUUGACAGCUGUGCCCAGUUUCUUAAUACUUUUCCUUGGAGCGUGGAGUGAUAGAACAGGAAAGCGUAAGAUAUGUGUACUUCUUCCAAUUGUUGGAGAACUACUAAUGUGUUUAAGUAACAUUUUGAAUGCAUACUACUUUUACGAACUACGAGUUGAAGUUACUAUGUUUUUUGAAGCUCUCUUUCCAGCUAUUACUGGUGGAUGGAUAGCUACUUAUAUGGGAGCUUUCAGUUAUAUCAGUGAUAUAUCAAGUGAAGAAUCUAGGACAUUUAGAGUGGGCAUUGCAAACCUUUGCCUAACCGCUGGCACUCCAAUAGGUUCGGCUUUAAGUGGCAUUCUGCUAAAGAAAAUUGGAUAUUAUGGAGUUUUCUCAUUGAGUUCUAUUUUGUAUAUAUUCAGUAUCUGUUACGGAUGGUUUUAUAUAAAAGAUCCAGAGAGACCAAUUACGGAGAAAGUUGAUCAGACAGAAAAAGGUGGAGUAUGGAAUUUUUUGAAAUUAUUUUUCAAUUUAAAACAUCCUAAAGACACGUUUCACGCUGCAUUCAGAAAAGGACCUAAUCAUCGAAGGACUAAAGCUAUUUUAAUCAUGGUGUCCAUAGCUUUCAUAUAUGGACCAGCGUAUGGGGAGUAUACGAUCCGUUACCUCUUCACAAGAUAUCGUUUUAACUGGGAUGCUUUCAAAUACAGCUUGUACAAUACGUUUUAUAUAUGCAUUCAUGGACUUGGUGCUCUCCUCUCUAUCAGUAUACUGAGCAGACGAUGGAAGUGGCAAGACGCGAGUCUCGGUCUACUGUCACUCAUCAGCAAAGUCUGUGGUGCAGUUGGAAUUGCAAUGGCUAAAGACAGUAAGGGAAUGUACACAGCCGUCGCAAUAGAGAUGUUCAACGCGUCAUCGUUCACAGCUCUACGAUCCAUCUCAUCUAAAUUAGUAACAAGUGAUGAAUUAGGCAAAAUGACGUCACUUUUCAACCUGAUGGAAGUACUAACGUCCAUGGUGUUCGGACCCCUAUACUCAUGGAUGUAUAUGAUGACCCUGAAGAUAGACACGAGUUUUGUGUUCUACAUCAGCAUGGUCCUUACUAUACCGCCCAUUAUUAUAUUUGGAUGGUUUUUCGUGGAGAAUAAAAGAAGUAUGAGUCAAAGCAACAAAGAAAAUACUGAAUCAGCAGAAAAGUCUGACACUGCAAACACCGCAUGCUCAGCGGAUGACAGUUGACAUUUUAACAUAUUGUAAAAGAACUUUAAUUAGUGUUUUUUUCAGUUUAAAAAGAAGAUUUUUUAUUUCUAAUUAGUAAUGAAUAUAAUCAAAAUUUAUACAAUAUAAUAAAUUAGAUGUCACCCGAGACUAAGUACGCUUUUCUUAAAAUAAAAGAUAUUCCAAACUAUCUUCAUGUGCAAAGUCAUUAUGAAUCGUUCAUUUGUUUAGCCGUGUUAUAGUAACAAAUAGACAGACAAAUAUCCAUUCCCAUUUACAAUAUUGAUUAUCGAUUGUAAUACUAAAAAGUCUCGCAUUUCUUGAUAGCCGACACAGCUCUUUGUACUGUACAUUGGUAUAAAAUUCUAUAUUUAUUACAAAUCUAAUUUUAAAGUCAAUCUGAUAAUCAUAAUUGACACUUUAUCGCAACAUAAUUAAUGUUGUUGAGAACAGUGAGCGUCGUAAAUUACCUACGUUUGAGUGAUUUGUACCUACGCCUGUCACCCGCACCAUAUUAUAACGCGCUAAUUAUAAUGCUGCAAUAAUCGAAAAUUGUUAAAUUAUUGA